AGCCACAAGGGAAAGUGGAUCUCCGCGCGGGAGAGCGAGUGCCAGAGAGGCACUGUCUCUUUAAGAGGAUGCCAAAGCCGAUUACAUCUGAUCUCAACAGUGAUUCUCUCUCACCGUCUGUCCACUACUAUUGCUUAUUUUGCUGUACCGCAUGAUCUAAACGCGUCGACAGACAGUGUCGUUCGUUGGGGUUAAAACUUUUCUUCGGGCCAGGAUGGAUUGGGCUCCGAACUCGUUUGGAUGAGUCGCUUGUGAGCAGUGCGCUUCGGCUCGGCAACUUUCCCGUGCGCAUUUCUCCAUCCUGAGUGGAAAGUUAAAAUCACAUGGGAUAUGGUGACAAACAAGUGAAUACACAUUAAACCAAGACGGAAAAUGCAGAAGAGUGUUCGGUACAAUGAGGGACACGCUCUGUAUCUCUCCGUUAUCGCGCGUAAAGAGGGCACCAAGCGAGGUUAUCUCAGCAAGAAGACCACAGAAAACAGCAAAUGGCAUGAGAAGUUUUUUGCACUUUAUCAGAAUGUUUUGUUUUACUUCGACACCGACCAGAGCGCUCGACCAUCAGGGAUUUAUCUUCUGGAGGGAUGCACAUGUGAACGAGUCCCUGCGCUCAAGGUGUCCACUGUUGGCAAAGAUGCGCUCGACAAGCUGCAUUAUUUCCUCGUCAUCUUCGGGCAUGAUGGACAGAAGCCUCUGGAACUGCGGACAGAGGAGGAGUCGGACUGUGAUGAAUGGGUGGAGGCCAUCCAGCAGGCCAGCUAUUCUGAUAUCAUCAUCGAGCGUGAGGUCCUCAUGCAGAAGUACAUCCACCUGGUGCAGAUUGUGGAGACAGAGAAGGUGGCGGCCAAUCAGCUCCGCACACAACUGGAAGACCAAGACACAGAGAUUGAGAGGCUUAAAUCUGAGAUUAUAGCCUUGAACAAAACUAAGGAAAGAAUGCGUCCCUACCACGUAUACCAGGAAGAGGAGGAUCCUGAUAUAAAAAAAAUCAAAAAGGUCCAGAGCUUCAUGCGAGGGUGGCUGUGUAGAAGGAAAUGGAAGAUUAUUGUGCAGGACUACAUUUGUUCUCCUCAUGCUGAGAGCAUGAGGAAAAGGAACCAGAUCGUCUUCAACAUGGUGGAGGCUGAGACGGAGUACGUCCAUCAGCUUUCCAUCCUGGUCAACUGCUUCCUGAGGCCGCUCAGAAUGGCCGCCAGCUCCAAGAAACCACCCAUUAGCCACGAUGAUGUCAGUAGCAUCUUCCUUAACAGUGAGACAAUCAUGUUUCUCCAUGAAAUAUUCCAUCAGGGAUUGAAGGCGAGGAUAGCAAACUGGCCCACACUGGUUCUAGCGGAUCUCUUUGAUAUCUUGCUGCCAAUGCUGAACAUCUAUCAGGAGUUUGUGAGGAACCAUCAGUACAGUCUUCAGGUUCUUGCCAACUGUAAGCAGAACCGGGACUUCGACAAACUCCUGAAGCAGUACGAAUCGAACGCUGCGUGUGAGGGGAGAAUGCUGGAAACCUUCCUCACAUACCCCAUGUUUCAGAUCCCUCGUUAUAUCAUCACUCUCCAUGAGCUACUGGCUCAUACGCCUCAUGAGCAUGUGGAAAGGAAAAGUCUGGAGUUUGCCAAGUCUAAACUGGAGGAACUCUCCAGGGUGAUGCACGAUGAAGUGAGUGACACAGAAAACAUCCGUAAGAACCUGGCUAUUGAGCGCAUGAUCGUGGAGGGCUGUGAUAUCCUCCUUGACACCAGCCAGACGUUUGUGAGACAAGGCUCUUUGAUCCAGCUGCCCUCAGUGGAAAGAGGGAAGCUCAGUAAGGUGCGUCUGGGCUCUCUCUCACUCAAAAAGGAAGGGGAGAGACAGUGCUUCCUCUUCACCAAGCACUUCCUUAUCUGCACACGCAGCUCAGGAGGCAAACUUCACCUGCUCAAACAAGGUGGUGUGUUGUCCCUGAUUGAGUGCACUCUCAUCGAGGAGCCUGAUGCUAACGAUGAAGACGCCAAGAAUUCAGGGCAGGUGUUUGGUCACCUGGACUUUAAGAUUGUGGUGGAGCCCUCAGAUGCUCCUGCCUUCACUGUGGUGCUACUGGCACCAUCCCGUCAGGAGAAAGCAGCCUGGACCAGCGACAUCAGCCAGUGCAUUGAUAACAUCCGCUGUAAUGGCCUGAUGACCAGCGUGUUUGAGGAGAACUCAAAAGUCACAGUGCCACACAUGAUCAAAUCCGAUGCGCGUCUCCAUAAAGAUGAUGUUGACAUUUGCUUCAGUAAGACGCUCAACUCCUGCAAGGUUCCUCAGAUCCGCUACGCCAGCGUGGAGAGGCUGCUGGAGAGGCUGACCGACCUGCGCUUCCUCUCCAUAGACUUCCUCAACACGUUCCUGCACACCUACCGAAUCUUCACCACCGCCACCGUGGUCAUGGAGAAACUGGCUGACAUCUACAAGAAGCCUUUUACAUCCAUACCAGUCAGGGUCCAGUAUCACUCAUUUGACCGCUUGUCCAUUACAUCCAUCUGCCCAGACUACAGCCUGAAGAUCAGGAAGAUAGCACUGGAUCAGUCAAAAUCCCUGGAGCUUUUCUUCGCCACCAACCAGAACAACCGCAGCGGGGACCACGUAAAUGACAAAUCCCCCAGACUGUGUCGCAAGUUCUCGUCGCCUCCACCUCUCUCCAUCCCCUCUCGUACUUCCUCUCCUGUUCGUACCAGGAAACUUUCUCUUAAUUCCCCUAUUGGCUCAAAAGUAGGCAUCCUGGAUCUGUCUUCGACCUCAUCAUCUGCCAGUAGUCCAACUUCUGCCAACCCCACCAUCUCACCUCCACCGUCCAACAACAACAACAAGCCCCCUUUGGAUCUUAGCCGAGGACAAAGUCCAUCCUCCCCCGAACAGAGCCCUGGAGCUCCAGAUGAUAAUGCAGAGGUGCCACGAAUCGACGCCCUCUGCGGUAAACUACGCCGCAGCAUCAGGAGAGCUGUGCUGGAGUCAGUGUCUUUGGACAAAUUUAUUCCAGAGUCGCCACAAGGCAGUGAACCAGGAGAAAUCUCUCCCUGCCGCUCGCCCUCCACACCACGCCACCUCCGCUACAGACAGUCAGGAGUCCAGUCAUCUGAGAACUCGCGCUGCUCCGUUUCUCCAGCCUCUGCGUUUGCUAUCGCCACAGCAGCAGCUGGACACAGCAGCCCUCCAGUUUUUAACAAUUCUGAGCGGACUUGUGACAAGGAGUUCAUUAUACGUCGUGCGGCUACAAACAGAGUCCUGAAUGUCCUGCGCCAUUGGGUUUCCAAACACUCGCAGGACUUCGAAAUGAAUGGAGAGCUGAAGAUGGGUGUGAUCUGCCUGCUAGAGGAGGUGUUGAGAGACCCUGACCUUCUUCCCCAGGAGAGGAAAGCCACAGCAAACAUACUAAGUGCCCUUUCUCAAGAUGACCAGGACGAUGCCCAGCUGAAGAUUGAAGAUAUUCUUCAGAUGGCUGAAUGCCCAAAGACUGAGUGUUUUGAAUCUCUGUCAGCGAUGGAGCUAGCUGAACAAAUCACUCUUCUCGAUCACAUCGUCUUCAGGAGCAUUCCCUACGAGGAGUUCCUGGGCCAAGGAUGGAUGAAGACAGACAAGACGGAGAGAACUCCAUACAUCAUGAAGACAAGUCAGCACUUCAAUGAUAUGAGUAAUCUCGUGGCCUCUCAGAUCAUGAGCCACACAGAUGUGGGCUCUAGAGCCAGCUCUAUUGAAAAAUGGGUAGCAGUGGCUGAUAUUUGCCGCUGUCUCAACAAUUACAACGGUGUCUUGGAGAUCACGUCUGCUCUGAACCGGAGCGCCAUCUACAGGCUAAAGAAGACUUGGGCGAAAGUGUGCAAACAGACUAAAGCCCUAAUGGACAAACUUCAAAAGACCGUGUCAUCGGAGGGAAGGUUUAAAAACCUAAGGGAAACUCUAAAAAACUGUAAUCCACCUUGUGUUCCAUAUCUGGGUAUGUAUUUGACAGACCUCGCAUUUAUCGAAGAGGGAACACCAAACUUCACAGAAGAAGGGCUGGUUAACUUCUCAAAGAUGAGAAUGAUAUCUCAUAUAAUACGAGAGAUCCGACAGUUCCAGCAAACUCCGUACAGAAUUGAGCACCAACCAAAGGUCACACAAUAUCUUCUGGAUAAGACCUUGAUUAUGGAUGAAGACACACUGUAUGACUUGUCUCUCAAGAUCGAACCCAGGCUUCCUGCAUGAACUACAACCUCAGUACCUGGCAGCUUCCAUCUAGAUGUGCUUCUCACUCUUGGGAUGUUUUGAAGGCAUGAAGCAUGUCUAGUGUUUGAGAAAGAGCGACGUGAAGGAGGAAGGAAAAAGUCCCAUUUGAAAGUGUGAAAAAUGAAGAGUGUCCGGGUUUGGAGGAGAGCAUUAAACAGUGCUCACCACUGCAAUGGGCCCUGAAGGGUGACUUUUAUCUUGGAAGGAAUGAAGGAUGAAAACUGGCCACUGUCAGAGGUCAGGAGUCAGCAGUGAGUUUCAGGGUCGAGCAGAUGGUUUCAGUCUAAAUUGUGCAGAGAGUGGGUGAAGAUAUGUAGCAUGUACAGAAGUAGAGCUAUUAGCCAGAUCUUACGUAGUGUAUUGUGGCUCCCCUGGGCCCGUGGCCCUCGGCACAUCCCUCAUUGGUAAUGGUAGUGACUUUGUGCAUGAACUAGACUGUGGGUUUACUGUGUGCUUUGCCUCAACUUUACACUCCAUGUGCUGUCCCAUCUGCUGGCUGCACUGAACCAAAAUGCCACAAGAAAAUUGUAAAAGAUACAUUAGACUUCUAAGUAACGGGAAUGUAUAGUAGCUUUCUAAAAUCCUAACCAGUUGUAGAUGAUAUCGAUAUUUCGUAAUAGCCCCUGAAGCUAUGUGAGCUCUUUAAAAUCAGUUGCUUAUUGUGCCUUCUCAUAUUCACAGACACUUGUAAAAGAAAACCAAUGUCUCAGCAAUGCUUAAAAGUUUGGAUAUUAUUAGUAUGUGUAGCAAAGUGAUGACAGAAUGGAGAUAUUCAAACUAUUUAAACUAAUAAAUCCAAGUAUAAACGAUCAUUUUGUGCUCCAAUUCAGUGUAAAGGCCUGUUCACACCAAAAACAUAUAUUUCAUCAGAAUUCAUCCCGCUUUAAAGAGCAUGAGCAUUUUAGGAAACAGACGACUGCAGCGCCUGCUUAUGUUAUAAACACCAGUUUAGUUAUCUUUACGGUUUUUAGUUUUUGGUGCGAACAGGCUUUAAUUUUUAAACCGUUGUACUUUAAUAGCCUCCACUUGCAAAUUUAAUACACUUACAGUAGGUUGCAUCAUCCAUGCAUUACAAAGUAGAAGUUGGCAUACGCUUGUGCAAUGCAAACCUUUUCUAGUCUGAUUUUAAAGUAAGUUGAGGCUUUGCCGCCCCCUACUGGAAGAAAAGUUUAUCAUUGAAUGAUUCUUAACCAAAUCUGACUCGCCGAGUUCUUCGAUAAUCAAUGUUUUCCUGCUUUUUAAUGUAACGACACCAUGGGUCAGCUAUUCAGAAAAGAGGGUCUCUCCGUAAUUUGCAUGAAAAAUUUCAGUGAUCGCAUGUUUGGAAAUUGCAUUGCAAGACAUGUUUUGUGGUCAUGUGUCAUUCAGCUGCUGUGUAGCCUCUUUUAAACUCUCUAGAAACCUCAAGUAAAACAGAUAUAUACAUAUAUUUAACUUCUCAUCUGACUGCACUUCUUUAUCUAAAUACUUUUAUCAUGAUAGCUGGAGAUUUCAUAUGCAUAGACUGGCAGAGAACUGUCAAAUUGGCCAUAAAUAUAUAUCUACCACUGUGCUGUAUGAAGACAAUGUUGUUUUUGUCUGAUCUUUCCUUUCUUCGGAGCGGGAUGGAUUUCUGUUGUUUAUGCGCAAGCGUGUGAAAGGCGGGAGAGCUAGGUGUGAAUGUGAUCUCAGAGGUGAGUGGGUUGGAAAGGUGCGAGUUACACUCUCAUCAAUGUAGCGUUGUUAUCUUUAAAACAAGUGUGAAUCAGUAGUAUUUAUUUCCUGGCAUAUUUAUUUGACCCUUUUUGUAUAUAGUGUGUCAAUAUGGGUUUAUGAUAUAAUGUGAUUUUUGUUCCCAUCCAUCGCAAUGUAAUAUUUUAAUUUCUGCAAGCACUCUUGUAAUUGUUACAUUUUGCUAAAUGUGUUCAGAAAAAUGUAGCAUAUCUAAUUAAUUUACGAUUCUUUGUCCAUAUUUUUCUCUCUUUUUUAUGGGUUUGCUGUGUUGGGCACACGGAAUUGUUGCUUUGGUAUGUUGCAUGUCUUUGCAUGUCCAGGUUGGAUUCCUUCUGUGAAAUCUGCUUUUUGUACAUUUCUGCAUCAAACUAUUUUUUUCCUUAUUUUUCCUUCCUCUUUAUUUUAUCACUGAUUCUCUUGGAGAAUGUAUGGCUUCGGUACUUAAAUUUCAUGCUUUCAUUUCAAAUAAACAAAUCAAACAAACAA